AUGAAGUAGAUAAGAAAUUGUAUUAUCUUUUGCAUCUUUUUUAGUUAGAAAAUAAAUAGAAUUAUUUUUAACUAAGAAUUUAGAUCAAAAGUCAGCGCAGUUUCCACAAUUUAUCAUCAUUAUUCUUUAUAAAAAAUAUAUAUAUUUAUUCAAAGGAAAUCAAAGAAAAGAGGUAAUUCGGUAGGAAAGGAUUCCAUACCUCUUGAUACAAAUUUCCAAUAUUAAAUGAGAAGCAUAUACACCAAGCAAUUUAAUCAAUUAAAUUCUUUGAAUUUUUUUGUGAAAAAUGUUUGGCCACUUGACUUCCCGACAAAAAAUUAAAAAUGA